AUGGCGUGUGGACCGUCAUUGAGUCUACUAAUUAAUGAGCACUCUUCCGACAGUACUUAUGCCGUGAAUGAACGCUCAAAGGUAGAUGAAUCAUGGUUAAUAAAUUUGCUGACAAAUGUUCAACCACCACCAUUUAUAUCCCACGCGCUUCCACUCUAUUUCCCAUUUGUAAUGCACCAUCCCACCACAUUCUUUAUAUAUAAAUAUAGAUUUGUUUAUCAUCAUUUACACUCCAUCAAACCACCACCACAUUAUGGCAAUGCCAUCUAUUUUUGUUCUGCUUCUUCUUGUUAUAACAAAUGCAUUAUUAUUCAUAUCUUCAACUGCUCUAAACAGCUAAACUCCUCACCACCACCACCAUCAACACCACUACAAUCACGUACCCUAGCAUGCAAAUCAACACCCUACCCUAAACUCUGCCGUUCCAUCCUUUCAACCAUCCAUUCCUCACCCGCCUCUGAUUCUUACGAAAACUAUGGUAAGUUCUCAGUCAAGGAAUGUAAGAAACAAGCAAGGAGAACAUCUAACCUCAUAAACCAAUUUUUGAAUUCAUCAAAGAAGAAGAAACGGUCUAAUAUGAGUCACGCUGAGUCAAGAGCAUUGAACGAUUGUAGCCAACUCUCUGAACUCAGUGUUGAUUACUUAGUUACUAUAUCAAACGAGUUGAACUCGGCCGAGUCACCAUUAUCUUUAGCACUAGUUGACAGAGUUCAAUCACUUUUAAGUGCUAUAAUCACUAACCAACAGACAUGUUUAGAUGGUCUUAAAGAUUCUGGAAGCAGAAUUCCAAGUGUGCUGAAUGUUCCAUUCUCUAACACAACCCAGUUGUAUAGCGUUUCACUAGGGUUGGUGAGUCACGCUUUGAGUCUGACUCGUAAGCGAAAACGAAAACCAGGAAAAGUCCCAGCAGCAGAUCGGUUCACCACCAACGGCAACGACGUAGACUCUGGACUGAGAGCCGGUAUGUUCCAUUCUGAUUCAUCAGAACCAAGAUGGGUUGAGAAGAUAAAGAAGAGAAUGAGAAACGGCAACAGGAAAUUAACAGAAGGUGUUGGGACGCAAGUAAGUGAAGAUACUACAGUUAUUGUUGCGAAAGAUGGAUCUGGGAAUUUCACGACGAUAAGUGAAGCUAUUUCCAUUGCACCAAAUAAUACAAAGAAUAUUGUUGAUAGAGAUGGGUAUUUUGUGGUUUAUAUCACUGAAGGGAUUUAUGAAGAUGAGUAUGUUGUUAUUCCUAAGUAUAAGAAGUACGUCGUGUUAAUCGGAGACGGUAUUAAUAAGACCCUUAUUUCUGGAAAUCGAAGCGUUGUUGAUGGUUGGACUACUUUCAGCUCAGCUACAUUUGCUGUUUCGGGUGAGGGAUUUGUGGCUAUGGACAUAACAUUUAGAAACACAACAGGGCCAGAGAAGCACCAAGCUGUGGCAGUCAGAAGCAAUGCUGAUCUCUCCACGUUCUACCGUUGCAGCUUCGAAGGAUACCAAGACACUCUCUACAUUCAUUCUCUUCGACAAUUUUUCAGGGAAUGCGACGUGUAUGGCACAGUUGAUUUCAUCUUUGGCAACUCUGCAUCAGUGUUUCAAAAUUGCAACUUAAUUGCUAGGAAACCAAUGCCAAGGCAGAAAAAUGCAAUUACGGCUCAGGGUAGAACAGACCCAAAUCAGAACACAGGCAUUUCAAUCCAUAAUUGCACAAUUACAGCCAGUCCUGAGUUAGCAGCUGACUUAAACUCAACCAGGACAUUUUUGGGUAGACCUUGGAAGGAAUACUCGAGGACGGUAUUCAUGCAGUCGUACAUUGAUAACGUUAUCGAUCCAGUUGGAUGGUUGGAAUGGAAUGGAACAGUUGGAUUGAGUACACUUUUUUAUGGUGAAUUCGAAAAUCAUGGAGAAGGAGCUAAUACCAGUAUGAGAGUACAAUGGCCUGGUUAUAACUUGAUGAAUGCUGAUCAAGCUGUGAAUUUUACUGUUUAUAAUUUUACUAUGGUAGAUACAUGGAUACCUUCUACAAAUAUACCAUUCUCUAACGGUUUAUUGUAAUCAAAUUUUUUUGAUUAAGUUCAUAAUUUGGUAGUUGUAA